GGAGACCAGUAUGAUGUGUGUGCCAUCUGCCUGGACGAAUAUGAGGACGGGGACAAGCUGAGGGUCCUCCCCUGCGCUUAUGCCUCUCACUGCCGCUGUGUGGACCCGUGGCUCACUCGGAUGAAGAACACGUGCCCUAUCUGUAAGCAGCCUGUUUGCCGGAAUCUUGGGGAGGAGGAGGAGCAGGAGGAAGAAACUCAGGUGCAA